AUGCUGCUGCUGGUGCUCCUGGCACUGCUGCUGGGCCUCGCCGGCUGCCCCAAGACGGAGCCCCUGAGCGGGUCCGGCCAGGAGCCCCUCUUCCGUGGGGCAGAUCGCUACGACUUUGCCAUCGUCAUCCCCGCUGGCAGCGUAGAGUGCUUCUGGCAGUUUGCACACCAGAGCGGCAACUUCUUCUUCAGCUACGAGGUCCAGCGGGCAACAGGGAUCGCCAACAACAGGAACAUCCUGGCCACAGCGAGUGAUCCCAACGGCUUCCAGCUUGGCGUUUCCCAGCACGUGCGAGGACAGAUCAACUUCCUCACCAAGGAGACAGGUUUCUACCAGUUAUGCCUGGACAACCAGGAAAACCACUUUGGCUUCAUGCAGGUGUAUCUCAACUUUGGUGUCUACUAUGAAGGCUUCAAUGUGGAAAACAAGCAGCCGGAAGAGAAGAAAGAGCUGAACAACACCCUGGAGGCAAUCGAGGUCAGCAUCCGGAAGCUGCAGCUUCACAUCUUCCACAUGUGGCGGUUCUAUAACUUUGCCCGGAUGCGGAAAGGGUCCGACUCCUUCCUCCUGGAGUCCAACUACAACUAUGUCAACUGGUGGUCUAUGGCUCAGAGCUGUGUCAUUGUCCUCUCGGGGGUCCUGCAGCUCUACUUCUUGAAGCGCCUUUUCAAACUGCAAACCUCCAGCAGGCAGAAGUGCUAG